UGGAACUGUGGGUAAUAAUGGCCGCCAAGUUCAUAGUUAAAAUUUAGAUGACAACAUGAGUUAUGGUUCGGGGAUGCAACAAAUUAGAGGACAGUAUGCUAUUAUUGGAUAUUUGAGAACAUGUAGAAAGAAAUGGGGUUCGUUUUGCCUUUAGAAUUAUUUCGCCCUAAGCGGAGACAUGUGAACGAGGAUGGUGAUAAAACGGAAAGAUUUCCAAAAGGCAGCAGCCUUUAUUCAUGAGUUUUUGCUCAAACUAAACGAAGAUGGCGAGUGUGCAGAAUUACGGGACACACUUAACUUGGCGUUGUUGCACAUGCAGAAGUACUAUCGGAUAUUACAAUCGCGCUCGCAUGAGAAGAACUCGCAAAAUACGUUACAGUUGACGGCGAGAGGGCUGAGCCCCAUGACCCCAUUUGUAGAUACCCCUGACAAGUUUCAGUGGAAAUGGAUGAGUAUGGACAGUUUCACACGGCUGGCAUCUACCAUGAGUGUAGAGGACAGUAUGAACUUCGUCAGACUACCUCCUGUCAUUCAGGCAGCCAUGGAUGGCGACUUGCAGGAAAUUGAGCGACUUGUUCACCAAAAUCCUGUCUGUGUGAAUGACCAGGAUGGUAUUGGUCGGACGGCGCUGACCUACGCUGUCCACUUUGACCAUCCACAGGCGGUCAACACGCUAUUGGAGCAGAGGGCCGAUGUUAACCUAACUGCACAUGAUGGUUCUACCGCAAUCCACCAGGCGUGCCAUGACGCCAACCUAUCGGCCCUGAGCCUCAUGCUGGACUAUGGGGGUGACGUCAGUAUACAGGAUACCCACGGGCGUGCUGCCAUCCAUUGGGCCGUCACCUCCCCCAGUCACGAGUGUCUAGCGCUGCUGCUGGAGCACAAUGCGGACCCCGGUAUCCGGGACAAGGACGGACUGUCCCCAGCCAUGUGGGCGUGUCGCAUGGAUCACAUCGAGCACUUCGAACUGCUGAGCAGGGCCGAUAACUCUCACAUCGAGGAGCCAGAUGGGAUAGAAAGAGACGCUAAUGGCCGCACAUGGAUGCACUGGGCCGUGAGACGGACAGAACCGCUGGAGUGUCUACAGACAUUAAUAACUGCAGACACUGCAGCGAUCAAGGAUGAUGAUGGCAAGACGGUCUUACUUCUCGCUGCCGAGAUGGGGUCACUGUUGGCAGCCAAGCUGAUCAUGGAGAUAGCGGGGCGCAUCUGUAUCCAUGAUACUGAUGCUCAGGGGCGGACCGCUCUCCAUCUCGCCACGAUACGUGGGCACGGGGAGAUCGUCAACUUCCUUCUGGAACAAGGAGUUGACCUGACUGUGGUGGACAGCUUCAACGCCACCGCCUGGGACUACGCCCGCAACCGCCAGCUCCACUACUGCCAGCUGAUAAUCAUGUCGCAUCAGCGACAACGGAUUGCUUCCAACCCCACCUCCCCCAUGGUGCCAGGAAUGGGUCUGAUUGACAGUCUACACAUCAUGAAUGGCGACGUGAAUCAGAGCGAGGACUUCACUAUGAAGCACUGGCCGGGCAAGUCAGGGGACACAACUCCAGUGACGCCACCUCAUCCACCGAAACGUCCAAGAACAUCAAGGCCACUGCUGUCACGGCGAGCCAACAGCCUGUCUACACCAGAAGGCCGCGACAAGACGGACGUCAAUGGAGACCGAGUCAUCAGCAGUGCAGGGAACGAGAGGAAGAAGGAACGCAUUGAAGUGAGCGUGGACACCAAGAGGACAGCUAACAUAGCUUUCUACGCUAACGGCCGAGAGGAGACGGACAUGAUCACAGAUGAACAUGAUGGUCACGUGGAGGGAGAGGAGGAUGUUGAUGGUGUGAGUGUUGGGGGGAUGGAUGUCUCGGACAUCGAUGAUGAUGAGGACCGACCCCAACCUAGGGCUCGACCUGCUCCUGCCCCCCGCCCUCAGACCAUCCAGCCCCGCCCCCCGCCAAGACACACCCAGCCACGGCCCCCACCGCCUUCAUCUUUUUCCCAGCCUCAAGAGCUACAACACAACAGUCAUCCCCAACAGCAGCAGGAGCCGUCGCAGUACGAGGUCCUGGAGGAGGGCUCCACCACCACCACCAGCAUGAUAGACCCACCCCCAGGGCAGCGCUUCCAAAACUCACAGAAGUUCUCCGCCCCGCAGGGCUUCUCCCCUGCCUACCGCACAGGGCGGACAGGGCCUGCCCCCUCUCCUCCCAACAUCACCCCUCAGAGACCUCACAUGAUCCGGCAGCAGCAGCCCCUCCCCCCACGCCCCGCCCCUAGGGAAGCACCUGCUCCUCGUCCAGGGUCUGGACCAUCCUCACGUGACCAGGUCGCCAGCCCUCCCCCUCUGUCCAGCGGGUCGGGACAGUCAGUCGAACAAGGACCAUCGAUGAAGAAGCCCCUGAGUCCGGACCAGGGCAACAGACCGGGGUCGGGCGGGCAGACCAAACCUCCAGGCGUGCUAGAAGGCCGCAGGAUCCCUCCGCCUCCAAUGCUCACUCCUCUUCCAAACGCGCCGAAAGUGCCAUCACUCAGUCGACUCGACAAACUCGAGAAGAAGAAGAAAAAGAAGAAGCGGGAUCGAGACAAAGAACGGGAACAAGACACCAAGUCGCCCCCCGAGGUUCAGAACCUGCAGAACCCCCUCGACAUCCCCCCACCCAGGGGGUUUGCUGCCCCCCUCCACCCCUUCCCUCAGCAACCAGAGAGGGUGAGGUCGGCGGCACCGUCGGCCCCCAGGGCGUCUAAAGGACUUCCGCAACAUCACGACUCCAGGUACAGUGAUGAGACUGAAGACAGUAAGGGCGUGGUCAUCAAUGGUCAUACGUUGCCGAUGAAGGACACUCCAGCUCGGUCAGCUCGGCCCGGUCAGAGGCUACAGCCAAUGGAAGAAGAGGAGACGCAGUACACUGAGGCAGGGGGAGACAACCAACUGCAGCAGCCCAGUAUUCCAGAAGAGGGUCAAGUCGGCCCAUUAAUACCUCCCCCUCAAGCCUUCAGGUCAGGGGGCCGAUACAGCUCUGCCGCUCAGGGGAGACAACUCUCUCAAUCAGUCCCACAGGACGGCCACAGUUCAGCUCGGAUGAUGCCUACCAGUGCUAAACCACCAUUGCCGAUCAGAGGGAGAAGUAGUGCCGGCGUAUCUGGGCGGACUUCUCGCAACUCCAACACACGUAGUUCCGUAUCCCGCCGCACUCCACGACCUCCGACCUCAAGAUCAGACUCGAGCAGUUAAAAACAAUGCCUGCCCCAGCUGUUCAGAUUAUCGAUGCCAUGGAGUGUUCGAAAUUAUGAAUGGAUGCUCACCAGUCCUUGUCAAUACCAUUAUGAUAAAUCUUUAAGCUGACUUUAGAUUCAAGAAAAUCUUACUGCCUUAUUUGGGGUCAUGAUGGGGUGUUUGUUGGAAUAGCAUAUCUUAGUGUUUAUACGGAAUAUGACAUGGCUUGGAAGCGCAUAUAUAUUGUUACAGAAUUGAUUGUGUGUGUAAGUAUUCCACAACUAUUUGUUUGUAUCUCUAUUUAUUUGUAUAUGUUAUGCAUGAACACCUCAUCAUGGACACAUAUAAAAAGGCAUUUGUUGUCAAGAAAGUGUCUCACUUCUAAAUGCCUUUCAAGGACAAGAAUGUGUCAUUAUGAUCUACAGUGGAAACUUGUUGUCUGGAAACCUGUAGGACCUCUAUUGAACUUAGGGCAUUUAAGAUCAACAAUAUCUCUAGUGACAGGGCAUAUACUUAACAAAGUUAAGGAUAUGACUAAUUUUGGAGAUAUUUGUUUGUAGUGAAAUCUGAGCACAUAAUUUCAUACAGAUAUCCUUAAAAAUAUUCAUGAUCCCUUAUCUAGUCUUGUUCAGUAUAUUUUGCUGUUCAGCCUUGAAAAGGCCUUAAACGUUGACAAUAUGACUUGAAAAUGGCUGGAAUUUGACAACUAUGGGUCACUCUACUGUUUUUCGUCACAGCAGAAGAUUAGUGUGUAAUUUAAUCGUAAUUCAGUAUUGUUUUGAAACACUGGUAUGUGGAAUCUUUGAUAAUCUAAUAAAUAUUUUAGUUAUGUACUUUGAUGUACAAAUGAAUGUGUUUGCAAGGACACUUGGGGCUUACUUUCAGCCUUACCAAAUGUAACCAAUGCCUUGAAAAACCCAUGAACCGACCUUAAAUUUGAUGGCUCAAGUUUUGUAGGAGCCAUGUUUUUAGAAUGACAGAUAUGUUGUUUUCCAUAUGAGAACCAAUGAGUAUUUUCUAGAUAUCGGUUUGACAUAUAUGUUGUUUUCCAUAUGAGAACCAAUGAGUAUUUUCUAGAUAUCGGUUUGACAAUAAGGGGCAAGGUAGCUUAUUGGUUACUGUGUUCACCCGUUGCACCAAACACCAGGUUUGAUUCCCAACAUUGUACUUUCAAAGCCCAUUUCAGGGUUAGACCUUGACACUAGCCUGCCAGCCCGUAGCUAGUGCAAAUUCCUGCGGGCUAGUACAAAUUCCUGAAUGCUAGUACAAAUUCCUGCAGGCAAGUACCAAUUCCUGCAGGCAAGUACUAAUUCCUGCGGGCUAGUACAAAUUCCUGCAGGCAAGUACAAAUUCCUGCAGGCAAGUACAAAUUCCUGUGGGCUAGUACAAAUUCCUGCGGGCUAGUACAUAUUCCUGCAGGCUAGUACAAAUUCCUGCAGGCAAGUACAAAUUCCUGCAGGCAAGUACAAAUUCCUACAGGCUAGUGCAAAUUCCUGAAGGCUAGUGCAAAUUCCUGCAGGCUAGUACAAAUUCCUGCAGGCUAGUGCAAAUUCCUGAAGGCUUGUACAAGUUCCUGCAGGCAAGUACAAAUUCCUGCAGGCUAGUGCAAAUUCCUGCAGGCUAG